GAACCCAGAGCCACAGAGCAGUCUAUCUGAAAAAGAACUGCACAUCAGAUGAAACGUCACGAUUAAAAGAGAACUUCUUGGGGCUUCGCUCUCGAUACGGUCUCAUUGUGAGACAAAGCUACAUACGUUGAAGACCAAUGCCAAUGAAGGGAAAGAGGAGAGUUGAGAUCGCUGCGCUCUUGUUGCUGUGCGCUCUUUGUGACGGAGACGAGUUGCAGCCUCAGCGAGACGCACCUCGAGCGCAAUGUAUCACCACCAGCCUGACUGGGGUGUGGUGUACUCUGUCUGAAGCCCAUCUGAAUGGUUCUGGUCCUACCAGACUAGAGGUCCCUGCUGGACAGAGCCUCCAUAUCAUCAUGCAGAGCCUCCCAGGAGAUCCUGUCUGCAGCUGGAGCCGUGGACCUGACCCAAUAAGAGGGGGCUAUUCUAUGGCCAUACCACAGACGUCUGUGAGUGAUUCUGGAGAGUACUCCUUCGGCUGUGUGAAUUGUGGCAUCAUCUCCUCCCUGACGCUCUCUCUACUGGUUGGACCUCCUCUGAGACGUCCGUCAAAGCCACAUCUGAAAUACAUCCCUGGGAGAAGAGGCUUUUUACCAAACUUCCAGUGUUCUUCAGAGGGAAAUCCCAAGCCAGAAAUCAAAUGGUUCAAUAACCUUGACAAGACUGGACAAGGUAGUCAUGGGAACGAGACAUCUAAGGACUCCGAGAGGUCCAACAACACAGAGGGAAGUAAACCAUACUACAAGACAACAGUUAUGUGCUGUGCUAUUAACCCCAAAGGAGAAGAGUGUUCUCAGCUCUAUGACUAUGACUUGGACAGCAGUCGUAGUGUGGAUGAUGAUAAUGAAGCUCCAGAGAUCACUCUGAGCCCGGGUCAGCCCCUGCUGCUCCGCUGUAGAGAGAGAGAGAACAGCACUACACAGUGGCUGACAGAGAAUCAGGAACAUGUGUCCGUAUAUCAACUAUCCUAUAAAGGAAUAGGUAUGACCUACCUGUUCUUUGAGUCGGUGAGAGUGAACCACAGUGGCAUCUACAUCUGCCGGAGCAACAAGAACAAGAUGAAGUCCACCCACAUCCGGGUCCUGGAGAAGGGCUUCAUUUCCAUCGACCAGCUGAAUGAGAGCAGUACCAUCUCAGCCCAGGAGAUGCCAGGGUUCUGUCUGCGGGCCCUGGUCUCCUCAUACCCUCUCCUACGCUGCCAUUGGCUGGGCCCGGGUGGUGUACAGACUCAGUGCCCUGAACCCACACGGCUGUGGAAGAACAGGACUCUGGAGCUAUGUAACCCUGAGCCAGGAGAGUACCAGUUAAAUCUGGAGGCCGGGGUGCUGAACCUCACAAAGACCCUCUCUCUGUGUGUGGCAAGUACGCCCACCCCCACUCUCUUCCAGGAAGAAGACUCCAUCACCUGUAAGACCAACAGCCCCCUCCCCUUCAACCUCACCUGGAGGUUCUGCUCUCUGUCCAAUGACAGCUGUCAGUCAGAGUCUGCAGCCUGGAAGGAGAUCCCUGCCCCUCCCCCAGAGCUCUGUGACUCAGACCAGUUCUGCCAUAAGAAGGUCGUCAGCUCCCUGGACAGGGUCGAGGUGGGGAACCACUUUGUCAAGUGCUGCAUUGCAAACUCUGUCCACUCACAGUCACACUGCAGCGAGCCACUGUUCAAUGCAGGAACGGUCUUUCAGCAGCAGCGUACCUUCAAACAACCCUCCAACUCCUCUCAACUCCUGAAGGUGUCCAGUCUGGUUCUGUUCCUGGCUUUGAUGCUGGUCAGCGUGACGCUGCUCUACUUCCUCAGGAAAAAGAAACCCCAGUACCAGAGCCAGCUGCAGGUGAUUCAGAUGACGGGGUCUAAUGACAACGACUACAUCUACAUCAACUUCAAAGACUUCCAGUACGAGCAGAAAUGGGAGUUCCCCAGAGAGAACCUGGAGCUGGGGAAGGAGCUGGGCUCCGGGGCCUUUGGCAUGGUGCUUCAGGCUACAGCCCACGGCAUCUGCAAUCCUGGGAUCUCCCUGCAGGUGGCUGUCAAGAUGCUGAAAGAGAAGCAUGAGACAGUGGAGAAAGAGGCUCUGAUGUCAGAGCUGAAGAUGUUGACUCACAUCGGACGGCAUGCUAACAUCGUCAACCUGCUGGGGGCGUGCACUGGCUCAGGGCCAACGUACCUGAUCUUCCAGUACUGCCAUUAUGGGGACCUGCUGAACUACCUGAAGAACAACAGAGAGCUGUACCACAAGUCUCUGACCGAGGCUUUCACCAGGGACCGCUUCAGCAGACUUUACCACAACCUGCCCAAGAGGAGCUCCACUGGAGGGCAAGAGAGCAUCGCCCUCCUCAGCCUCACCUCCUCUCCCAUGGACAACUCUGAUGGUCCAGGGAUCUAUGAGAAGUUGCAGGAAGAGGAGGAGGAGGAGGCACUGACCUAUGACGACCUGCUCAGCUUUUCCUACCAGGUGGCCAAAGGCAUGGACUUCCUGUCCUCUAAGCACUGCAUCCAUCGGGACCUUGCGGCCAGGAACGUGUUGGUGUCUCAGGGUGGACUAGUAAAGAUCGGAGACUUUGGACUGGCCCGGGACAUCCACAACGACUCCAACUACGUAGUGAGAGGAAAUGUGCGUCUGCCAGUGAAGUGGAUGGCUCCAGAGAGUAUCUUCCAGGGGAUGUACACCAUGCAGAGCGAUGUCUGGGCCUAUGGUAUCCUGCUGUGGGAGGUCUUCUCUCUGGGUUUGACCCCCUACCCGGGGAUAAAGGUGGACAACAACUUCUAUGUGAUGAUAGAGAGAGGUUUUAAGAUGGAGCAGCCGUACUAUGCCAGUGAAUCUGUGUAUAAGAUGAUGUGCAAGUGCUGGGCACUGGAGCCUCGGGGCCGCCCUCACUUUGCCAAGCUGGUGGCCUUCAUGGGCGACCAACUGGCCGACAUUGAGGAGAAGCUCUACUGUAACAUCCUGGACAAGAGCUCCAAUGACUCCUUAUACCAGAAUGCACCAGUGAAUUCUGACCUCUCUGUCUUGGCCAAAGAAAAGGAGGUUCUUUUGACACAGUCACAGAACCAACACUGCAAGACCCAUUCCACUGGAGAGGCCCCAACAACCAAAACAACACCCUCUGACAUGGAUGCCAUGGAGGCUGAUGAUGAUACACAUCUGUAACCAUAUCAGUGAGUGCAGGGGCCAAUCUAUCCUUCUAAUUAUUCUAUUCCAUACAACAUACUCAGGGUUGGGGAGUAAUGGAUUACAUGUAAGGGAUUACAAAAAAAACAGAAACUGCUAUCCGUAACAGCAAAAAUAUUGUUAUUGGAUUACAUAUAGUUUUGAAAAACUAGAUGAUUACUUCGAGGAUUACUUUUAAAUUCAGAAAGGAUGUUUUCUCAAUGACAUUCAAAUCAGCAUUGAAAAAAGGCGCAAGUUUAUGUUUGUUUCACUUGAGCGAGUCUGACCACAAGUCAGAGACAACUAUGAUGACACACAAAAUGUGUUUGAUGGAUUGCGGGAAAAGAGCAGGAAUAGGCUUUUGUAGGCUACAGUCCAAGCUAUGGCUUCCAAUGGAAUGACUGCUGUCGGCAUCCAAAGAUUAUCCAACUUGAAUAAACGCUUGGAGGUCAGGAUGACAGCAGUGGUGUAGUCUACGGUGAUACGGAUGUCACUUAUUAUUGAUAUCUACAUAGCGUAUUGAUGUGAGUCACACUGCUGCUCUCUCAUUUAGCAAUUUCUGCUUUACGGAUUGUGGUUAUUGUGGAUGGCUGUUCACAAAUCUAAAUGUGUAUUUGAACCCAAUAAUGGUUGAAUUCAAGAAGUU